CCAGAGGGACAUUUGGAGUGUCUUCUUAAAGUGCACAAUCUGCUGGGCUGGGUCGAUGAUGGAGAGCACAGGAGGGCCGUAUCUGAACAUGGCUGCAGUGACAUCCCCCGUGGGAAUAGCCCGUUCGCUGCAGAUGGCGUUUGGAUGCACCACCUUCAGCCUGGUGGUACACCAGGGAGGGUUCAGCGCGGCAUAUGGCACUUUCUGCAUGUUUGUCUGGACCUUCUGUUUCGCCAUCACUGUUUUCAUUCUGGCCUGCGAGUUCACACGCCUGCACGGCUGCCUGAGCCUCUCCUGGGGGAACUUCACCGCUGCCUUCGCCAUGCUGGCCACCCUUAUGUCUGUCACGGCUGCUGUCAUCUACCCCCUCUAUUUUGUCCAGCUGGAUUGCUACCCCAUCGGCUGCAAGGUGAGAGAUUUCCGCAUUGCAGCCAGUGUCUUUGCAGGUCUCCUUUUUGUGGCCUAUGCUGCUGAGGUGUUCUUAACCAGGGCAAAACCGGGACAAGUCACAAGCUAUAUGGCCACCGUCUCCGGGCUCCUGAAAAUUGUGCAGGCUUUUGUGGCCUGCAUCAUCUUUGGGGCGCUGGUGAAUGACAGCCAAUACAGCAAAUAUGCAGCAACGCAGUGGUGUGUGGCUGUCUACAGCUUCUGCUUCGUGGUGACGGUGGUGGUGGUGGCCUUUAGCGUCACGGGUAAGACCGCCCUGCUGUGGUUUCCCUUCGAGCGCUCUGUGGUUGUCUACACCUUUGGGGCUGUGCUACUGUACAUCAGUGCCGCUGUGAUCUGGCCUGUCUUCUGCUUUGACAGCAAGUACGGCUCACCCUGGCGCCCUGCUGCCUGUGCCAAGGGCCGCUGCCCCUGGGACAGCCAGCUGGUCAUCGCCAUCUUCACCUACGUCAACCUGCUGCUCUAUGUGGUGGACCUGGCGUACUCCCAGCGCAUCCGCUUUGUCUCACACCUCUGAAGCACCGCCCAGAGCCGUCCCAGCACCAUCAGCAACCACAGCCAGGGAUGCAGCAGGAGACAGGGUCCAGGGAAGGUAGGUGAGGACCUGGCAUGACGCAAGAACCAUCAACCAAACUUCAAGGUCAAGACCAACUGGAGCAGUGAGUCAGUGACCUGCCAUAGGUGGGCUGCAGCUGGUGAUGUGAGGAGCCCACCCCUCAUCAUUCCACAUCUGCCUGGUGCCCAAGCAAAGGAACAAUGGAGCUCGAAACAUGCAAAAUGGCCUUUCAUCUCCAUGUGGCAAAACACUGGCUGCAACUGCAGGUCUGCAGGCUGCUAGAUUCCAGAGCCAAAUAUUAGGAAAGACAGUGAGGAUUUUGAAACUGUUACCAGUGCUUAACCAUAAUCAAGUCACUACGCAGGAAGUGGGAAAGUUAAAAGCUGCACCAAGGAACACCAGUUCUAGAGACAAAAAACAAUCCCUCAGAGUUUGGAUUAGUUUGAGCUGUGUGGUGAGACAUGAAAUGCUUGCAAGUGUGGGAAAUUCCAGUCGGGAUGUUUCUGAGAACAUCAUAGCUAUAAUACUCAAAAUGCCAUUACCAGUCCUUUAUCUUCCUCUCCUCUCCUUUGUUGUUUAGCACAGAAAAUCCUCAAGCAUGCACCUUGGGGGGAAACACGGGAUAUUCCUGUUUAGCAAACACUGAGUCAUUACAGAAAUGAAAAUUUGUGACAUCAGGGUUCUGCUGCCAAGAAACAGGGUGCAGAACAGAGCUGAACUGCAAAAUAACGGUGUGUAACUUGAAAUCC